CUGUGUAUCAUCACACCAGCAGUGCACUAUAUCAGUUGGCCACAAGGGGGUAAGACAGCACAACACAGCGAGGGAGAUGGAAAAGAGGGGGAAUUUGGUGAAUGAUGGACAAAGUUUGAUGGAGCGGGACUCAUCUGAUUGGCUGUCUCCCUCGUGGUCUGCCCUAUAAGGUAUCGUGCAGAUGAGAGAGGGGCAGGAGGAGAAGGAGGAGGGUGAAAAGGAGGAGGAGGAAUGAAGAGAUGGAUGAAGGAGGAGCAGGGUUAAUAAAGUCACUCACAGCCCUUCACACUCUCACUUCUGUCGCGUCCCCACGUCCCACGUGUGUCUGUGUCCUAGUGUCGUCUUUGCUCCACAGCUCCCCCUGCAGCCAUGUGUGAUGAUGAGGAAAGCACCGCUCUGGUCUGUGAUAAUGGAUCUGGUCUGUGUAAGGCCGGGUUUGCUGGAGACGACGCCCCCAGAGCCGUCUUUCCCUCCAUCGUUGGUCGACCCAGACACCAGGGAGUGAUGGUGGGUAUGGGACAGAAGGACAGCUAUGUGGGAGACGAGGCUCAGAGUAAGAGAGGAAUUCUUACCCUCAAAUAUCCCAUCGAACAUGGAAUCAUCACCAACUGGGACGACAUGGAGAAGAUCUGGCAUCAUUCUUUCUACAAUGAGCUGCGAGUGGCUCCAGAGGAACAUCCCACUCUGCUGACAGAAGCUCCGCUCAACCCUAAAGCUAACAGGGAAAAGAUGACGCAGAUCAUGUUUGAGACCUUCAAUGUUCCUGCCAUGUACGUGGCCAUUCAGGCCGUCCUGUCUCUGUACGCCUCAGGACGCACCACAGGUAUUGUCCUGGACUCUGGUGAUGGUGUGACCCACAACGUGCCCAUCUACGAGGGCUACGCUCUGCCUCACGCCAUCAUGAGGUUGGACCUGGCGGGACGCGACCUGACCGACUACCUCAUGAAGAUCCUGACAGAGCGAGGCUACAGCUUUGUCACCACUGCCGAGAGAGAAAUCGUCCGCGACAUCAAGGAGAAGCUGUGCUACGUGGCUCUUGACUUUGAGAACGAGAUGGGAACCGCAGCCACGUCGUCCUCUCUGGAGAAAAGUUACGAGCUUCCUGACGGUCAGGUUAUCACCAUUGGCAACGAGAGGUUCCGCUGCCCAGAGACGCCCUUCCAGCCGUCCUUCAUCGGUAUGGAGUCAGCUGGAAUCCACGAGACCACCUACAACAGCAUCAUGAAGUGUGACAUCGACAUCCGCAAAGAUCUGUACGCCAACAACGUUCUCUCAGGAGGAACCACCAUGUACCCUGGUAUCGCCGACCGUAUGCAGAAGGAGAUCACAGCCCUGGCCCCCAGCACCAUGAAGAUCAAGAUCAUCGCACCACCAGAGAGGAAGUACUCAGUCUGGAUCGGUGGCUCCAUCCUGGCCUCCCUCUCCACCUUCCAGCAGAUGUGGAUUAGUAAGCAGGAGUAUGACGAGGCCGGACCGUCCAUCGUCCACCGCAAGUGUUUCUAAGCCCCUCCCCCGCCCCAGACCCUGCCCACAAUCUACCCUCAGUCCUGCCACGUCCAGCUCCAGCACCGUCUUUAUUUUUAUUCCUUCACUGAGCGCACGCUAAAAAGUCCCAGGUUAACUCUGCCUUCAUACGUGAGCUGUCUACAGCAAACAGGAAGUAAAUUAAGUUCUUCAGGAAGAUGUCACUUCCUGAGGUUAAUAUUUUUUAACAGCAGCUGAAAAAAGGGAAGUGACGUUCUGUUUGGUUAGAUCCAGAUGUUUAUGUUGAAAUCAACCUUCAAUGAUUUGAAACUGUGAUCUUUAGCAUCCGCCCCCUCUGUUGGUUCUGUUUUUAUUUUGGGUUUGAUGAUGUCACAGUGUGUGAUGAUGUCACAGCUGGAGGCGUGGCCUCGUGGUGCUGUAGUAGAAUGUUUAAUGUGACGUCAACCACAUGGAAGAGACAAAAUAAAGAGCUGUUGUAAUGAAAA